AUGAAUAAUCAACCUAUAAAAUUAUAGAAAAGAUUUAUACAUAAUUUAACUAGAUUUUCAUUUACUUCCAUUUAAUUAAACGAUUAAUAAGAAUAAUAACUUAAUUAUUAUAAAUCUUUAAGAAUUUAUAAAGAAAAAUCUCAUUUAGAAUUAUUUAACUUAUUCUUUGUAAAUAAAUUACUUCAUUCCCCUUUCUUUGUAAACAAUUCAAUGUAUGCUUAUAAAUUUUCAUCUUAAAUAUUUGGAUUCAAACUUACUGAGUUUAUAAUUAAAAACACUAUGGGAAGAAUAUUUACAGGAGGUGCGAAUAUAUAAGAUGUUAUUAAAUGCUAAUAAAACUUAUCUAAAAGAAGUAUACAUAAAAUCAAUAUAUUUUAUUUCAAGUUUUAAAUAGGUGUUCCUGUUAUUUAUGACUAUUGCUGUGAAGCACUUGAUGAAGAUUAGAAUGAAUUUUUUAUGGACAAAAGUGCUAAAUGUUUUGAAUAAACUGCCAAAAUAGGUGAUAGUACUCAAAACAAUAAAAUUUCUAUGAAAAUUUCUGCCGUUUGCAAUAUGGAGAUUUUAAAAACUUUAAAUAAAGUUUCUGAGAAAUAAUAAGAGCUUUUUAAUAUAAUAGAUCAAUAAAAAAAGGCUACAUUACUGGAAAAUAGGUAUUUUACUUAAUUAAUAUAAAUAUAUAAUAUAUAUAAAUAGUUAUUUAAUCAACUUAUUAAUGAUGGAUAUAAUAUUGAAGAAGCUGAUGUGAUAUAAUUUAUUAAAUAAAUUCUUUAAAUAUAACUUAUAAAUGAUAAUUAUGAAGAAACUCAAAUCAAAAAAUUAGAUUGGUUAAUUUAUGUACAUCCCUAUUAUAUUUAAUAAGAAAAGAAUCAAAAUAAUAUUGUAAAAUAAAUGCAAAAAUUAUAAAAUUAAUAAAUUAAUUAAUCUGAGAAUUUCAUUAGAAGGAUGAAUUAAGUAUUAGAUACAGCUUCCAAAAAUAAAACUAGAGUUUUAAUAGAUGCUGAGCAAACUUACAUUCAAUAAUCUAUAGAUAGUUUUAUUUAAUAAUUUUAAUUAAAAUAUAAUAAAGAAAUUCCCAUUGUAUAUAAUACAAUAUAAAACUAUUUAAAGUCAAGUAAAUAUAGAAUUAUAUUUGAAGUUGAAAAAUGUAAUUAUUUAAAAAUACCUUUUGGUAUAAAAAUGGUUAGAGGAGCUUACAUGAAUGAAGAAUCAAGAAUUGCUAAAAAAAAAGGUAUAGAAAAUCCAAUUUGUGAUUCUUUUGAUAAAACAUCAGAAAUGAUUAAUUCAAAUUUGAAAUUUCUUAUUGAUAAUAUUAGCGGAAAUUCAGAAAUUAUUGUAGGUAGUCAUAAUUGUUAAACAGUUUAAAUGGUUACUGAUUAUUUAUAAUAAAAAAAUAUAAAAAAUACUAAGUAAGUUUACUUUGCUUAACUAUUGGGUUUAUCUGACAAUUUAACAUAUUAAUUAGUUGAAAAAGGUUAUAUUGUUUAUAAAUAUGUUCCUUUCGGUGAAACACAUAUAAUGAUUCCUUAUUUAAUCAGAAGAGCUUAAGAAUAAUUAUAAGUAUUAAGUAGUGUCGAAUUAUAGUAUAAUUUAAUUAAAGACGAGUUUAAAAAAAGGAAUUUAAUAAAUACUUGA